UGCUGUGCGCGGUGACUGGUGGCGGCCCCGGCGGCAGCUACCGGCGUAAUAGUGCGGUCGACGGCUUAGAUAAGUUCCGUGGAGGCGCCGGUGGCGCCGACUACGUAUUGGGCGGCGGGAGCGGGCCCGGAACUUGGCGCUCAGCAUGCCGACGGUGGAGGAGCUGUACCGUAACUACGGCAUCCUCGCCGAUGCCACGGAGCAAGUGGGCCAGCAUAAAGAUGCCUACCAAGUGAUCCUGGAUGGUGUGAAAGGCGGCACCAAGGAAAAGCGAUUAGCAGCUCAGUUUAUUCCAAAAUUCUUUAAGCAUUUCCCAGAACUGGCUGAUUCUGCGAUCAAUGCACAGUUAGACCUCUGUGAGGAUGAAGAUGUGUCAAUACGACGCCAGGCCAUUAAAGAGCUGCCUCAGUUUGCCACAGGAGAGAAUCUUCCAAGAGUAGCAGAUAUACUGACCCAGCUUCUGCAGACAGAUGACUCUGCAGAAUUUAACUUGGUGAACAAUGCGCUAUUAAGUAUAUUUAAGAUGGAUGCAAAAGGAACGUUAGGUGGCUUAUUUAGCCAGAUUCUUCAAGGAGAAGACAUUGUUAGAGAAAGAGCUAUUAAAUUCCUGUCCACAAAACUUAAGACGCUCCCAGAUGAAGUGCUAACUAAGGAAGUGGAAGAGCUCAUACUUACUGAAUCAAAAAAGGUCCUGGAAGAUGUGACUGGUGAAGAAUUUGUUCUGUUCAUGAAGAUACUGUCUGGAUUAAAAAGCUUACAGACAGUGAGUGGAAGACAGCAGCUGGUAGAGCUGGUAGCAGAACAGGCUGACCUGGAGCAGACCUUCAGCCCCUCAGAUCCUGACUGUGUGGACAGGCUCCUGCAGUGCACCCGGCAGGCCGUGCCUCUCUUCUCUAAAAAUGUCCAUUCUACAAGGUUUGUGACAUAUUUCUGUGAGCAAGUUCUCCCUAAUCUCAGUACCCUGACUACCCCAGUGGAGGGUCUUGAUAUACAGUUGGAGGUAUUAAAAUUGUUAGCCGAGAUGAGUUCGUUUUGUGGUGACAUGGAAAAACUAGAAACAAAUUUAAGAAAACUAUUUGAUAAGUUACUGGAGUAUAUGCCUCUUCCUCCAGAAGAAGCAGAAAAUGGAGAGAAUGCUGGCAAUGAAGAACCCAAGCUGCAGUUCAGUUAUGUGGAAUGUUUAUUAUACAGUUUUCACCAGUUGGGCCGAAAACUUCCAGAUUUCUUAACAGCCAAACUGAAUGCAGAAAAGCUCAAAGAUUUCAAAAUCAGGUUGCAAUACUUUGCUCGGGGCCUUCAGGUUUAUAUCAGACAACUUCGAUUGGCUCUCCAGGGUAAAACAGGCGAGGCCUUAAAAACCGAGGAGAACAAGAUAAAAGUCGUUGCCUUGAAAAUAACAAAUAAUAUCAAUGUUUUAAUCAAGGAUCUCUUCCACACAUUCCUCCUCUUAUAAGAGCACAAGUAACAUUGUCCUGGAAACUGUA